GAACAAGAGGCGUGCUCUUUCCAAUCUUCUCCCGAUAAAGAAAUUUAGAUUCAAAGCUCUUCUUCAUCGACGGGAGAGGCGACCACUUCGUUCUGGAUUUUUCUUGGUUUCUCAGAAUAUCCUCGUCGUCCUUUUUGUUCGAAUUCAGGAAUCAUGCCAGGAAAUCCUGGUUGUACGUUAUAUAUUGGUAGCUUGGAUGAGAGGGUUUCUGAUAGGGUCUUGUAUGAGAUCCUCAUUCAAGCGGGGCGGGUAGUUGAUUUGUACAUACCUCGAGACAAGGAAACCAAUCGACCCAAAGGCUAUGCAUUUGCAGAAUACGAAACUGAGGAGGUAGCAGAUUAUGCUGUCCGGCUUUUCUCUGGUCUUGUCACUCUCUACAACAGGACAUUGAAAUUUGCGAUUUCCGGGCAAGAUAAGUCCUCGCAGAACUUGUCUUCGCCAUUCACGCCUCCAUCAAUCUCAGUUCCUAAGCCAAGAUUUCACCCUGGACAACCUAAUGGUACCGAAUCUUUCCAGCAUCCAUUGAAGUUAUCCUCAUCUUGCAGUACCCCACCAAAUUAUGCACAAGAGCCUCCUCCCCCUGGAUAUAACAUAUAUAGAUCAAAUAUCUACAGCAACAACUAUGAUUACAGUCGGAGGGUAUUCGGGUCGACUUUGAGUAGUAUUGGCUCCUAUAGUUCAGGACGAACGCCGUAUGAUUCCAGAAAACCAAUCGCUUACCUUCCGAAAUGACAUUGCUGACACUGAUAAUGUUGGCUUUCACAUCUAGUGCGGAGAGUAGAUUGGUAUCGCCCCUACUCAGUUGUAGUGCCACUGAUGUGAAAAUGUCAAAGGUUGGCAAUAGAUGUCUGAGCGGUUAAGUUGUUGGCUAGUGCUUAGAGUAGGUAUCACCUCAGUUGUGUGGCUAGUGUGCAGUUGUUGAAGGUUAGCGAUUGACAGUAAUGUUGUGCAGAAAAGUGGUUGGCUAGUUAUUCUCCUUGGGGUUUCGGGGGUAGUACCCAUUCCAUUGCUUGGAUCUUUGGUGGCUUUACACUUUCCUUGCCAAGUGCAUUUGAUGUGAAAAGGUAGUUUUGUUUUCAAUAUUGAAACAUCUUGCUGUAGUGAUUACAAUUAGUAAGAGCCAGUCAGGUAACAAACUAAUCCCUAUACUUAGUGUAUUUUCUUAUUCUGAUCAGGAGGUUAUAAUGUUUAGAUUUGUUUGUUUCAUUUGAGUAGGACUUUUUGGACUUCAGUUCUAAUUAGACUUUUCCAUCAUUGUGGAUAGAAGAUAUUAGUAGUGUUACAGAACUUGUAAGCUUAAGUAUGAGUUCAGUUCAUUGCUAGUUUUUUUUUUUUUAAGUUAUUAUCAUUAUUAUUUGUUGUGGGGUGGGGGAACUACUCCUUGGAGCAUGUUUUUCUGUAUAAGCUUAGGCAGUGCAAGCACACAGUGAAUCCUAUAACAAUAGAAGGAGAAUUGUGUUUGUUCCUUGUAUCUUUGACAUUUUGGUGCACGGGUUGUUUAAUGGCACAUCUACUGUAUACAUGUUGGCUGUUGUUCAUUGUGGCA